CGGAAUCGAUAUGGAUUGAAAAUUCGACAGCAUAUUUCGUUUUAAAAAAUUAUUGUACUUACCGUGUUGUUGGGUGUAACCUAAAAAGUCAAAAGUGAAGAUGAAACGAAUAAAAUGUAUUUCUGUUAUAAUUUAUAUGAAAGCGGAAUCAUAUCAUCGUCAAUCGUGAGUUCAAAUUACAUCCUAGAUCUGGAGAUCGCAGAAUUGAGAUGGCUGAGGACAACAAUGUGAGUUCCACUUCUGAAAACCCUAAUUCUGAUGAGAGUGAAACAUCCAUUGAUGCAAUUGCACAAAAGGUUCAAGUUUCCAAAAGGCACAAGUUUUGGGAAACACAACCUGUUGGGCAGUUUAAGGAUUUAGGAAACCCUAGCUUACCUGAAGGCCCGAUCGAGCCACCGACACCGCUAUCCGAAGUUAAGCAAGAACCGUAUAACCUUCCUGUCCCGUACGAAUGGAUUACUUGCGACAUGGAUACAGAAGAGAUGUGCUCGGAGGUUUACAAUCUCCUUGCCAACAAUUAUGUUGAAGAUGAUGAAAAUAUGUUUCGGUUUAACUACUCGAAAGAUUUUCUUCAAUGGGCGCUUCGCCCCCCGGGCUAUCACACAAGUUGGCAUAUUGGGGUUCGAGUCAAAGCUUCGAAAAAGCUUGUAGCUUUUAUUACGGGGGUGCCUGCAAGAAUCAGGGCUAAAGACGCUGUUGUUAACAUGGCGGAGAUCAAUUUUCUUUGUGUUCAUAAGAAGUUAAGAUCUAAAAGGCUUGCUCCGGUCAUGAUCAAAGAAGUUACUAGAAGAGUCCAUUUGGAAAAUAUCUGGCAGGCCGCAUAUACUGCUGGGGUGGUUUUACCUACACCUAUUUCGACUUGUCAAUACUGGCAUAGAUCUUUGAACCCGAAGAAGCUCAUAGAUGUAGGGUUUUCUAGGCUUGGUGCAAGAAUGACUAUGAGCCGAACCAUUAAGCUCUACAAAUUACCAGAUUCAUCCAUCACACCUGGGUUUAGGAAAAUGGAGCUCCGUGACGUUCCUGCGGUUACCCGUUUGCUUAGAGGGUACUUGAAGCAAUUCAUAGUCGCACCUGAUUUGGAUGAACAUGAUGUACAACAUUGGUUGCUACCUAAAGAAGAUGUGAUCGACAGUUUUUUAGUUGAAAGCUCUGGUGUCACUGAUUUCUGCAGUUUUUACACGCUUCCAUCAACGGUUAUUGGUAAUCAAAAUUACUCGACUUUGAAAGCUGCGUAUUCUUACUACAACGUGUCUACAAAAACUCCAUUGCUUCAGUUGAUGAAUGAUGCUCUUAUUGUGGCUAAGAAAAAGGGUUAUGACGUUUUUAAUGCUUUAGACGUUAUGGAAAAUGAAAGCUUUUUGAAGGAGCUGAAAUUUGGGCCAGGUGAUGGACAACUUCAGUAUUACCUGUACAAUUACCGGUUAAAUCAAGCGUUGAGACCAUCAGAACUUGGGCUUGUUCUCUUGUAACAAGACGAGCUGAAAUUCUGGCCCCAAGUGGCAAUGAUCACUCUUUGUUGUCUGCUAAACUUAUUUUUCAUAAACUUGUAAGGGUUUUAGUUUUCUUGAUUCUGGUUUGCGGAUUAACUUUACGAUCAUACCAUGUGUGUUAGAAAGAGGAAUUUGAUGUAUCCUUCUGUUUGAUUGUUGCCAUCUUUUUAAAUAUUGGUAUAAAAGGAGGCGGCAAAAUGCUCUGUCUCACUUGCAUGCCUCAUGGAUCAUAUA